GGACAGAAUCGUUACUUAGGGACACAGUAUCGUUACUUAGGGACACAGAAUCGUUACUCAGGGACACAGAAUUGUUACUCAGGGACACAGAAUUGUUACUCAGGGGACAGGACACAGAAUUGUUACUCAGGGACACAGAAUUGUUACUCAGGGACAGACACAGAAUUGGCGUUACUCAGGGACACAGAAUUGUUACUCAGGGACACAGAAUUGUUACUCAGGGACACAGAAUUUUUUACUCAGGGACACAGAAUUGUUGCUCAGGACAGACACAGAAUUGUUACUCAAGGACACAGAAUUGUUAAUCAGGGACACAGAAUUUUACUGAGGGACACAGAA